UCAAGGCAAACCGGAGAGGAAGAAAACACACCGGAACAAUUUUCUCUUUCGCACUACUUCAAAUUCGGUCUGUGUUACGUCAUAGCUUCUAUACGCAGAAGGAGGCCGUUGAUUGAGCCAACGCCGGCAUCGCGAGUGGGCUACGAGCGUCGCAACAACGUCUGGGUGGUUUACAAGGAGUCGCUGAUAACGCGAGCAGUUCAAGGGAAAACAGACAGAACGUUUUCGAGGGGCAACUGCAAUGCAGCGGAUUCUGUACAAGCAUGUCGAUGGCUACUGCGUGAAUGCUUUCUUCAACGAUGACCUUGUUCGGUCAGCUCUGUACUACAAGCCAGAACCAGGCGAUGUCUUCAUCGCGACGUACCCUAAAUGUGGAACUACUUGGGUUCAGUUCAUUGUCCACGGGAUAUUCAAUCGCGGUUCUUUCCCGAAGGAUUCCCUGGAGUUCAUGCUUUCUUCGCCAUUCCUGGAAAUGUUAGGAGCCGAAGCCGCGCAAAAGAUGCCACGGCCCGGAGCCAUCAAGACGCACAUGCCUUACGGCAAGGUUCCCUACUCUAAGGAUGCAAAGUAUAUCACCGUCGCUAGGAAUCCCUUCGACGUAUGCGUCUCCUUCUACUACCACACCAAGGAGAAGCCGUCGUACGACGUUCCCGACAUGACGUUCGACGACUACUUCGAAAACUUCGUACGUGGCACAGUGUCCUUCGGGGAUUACUUCGACCACCUCCUCUCCUGGUAUGAACACAGGAAUGAUCCUAACGUCCUCUUUCUGACCUACGAAGAACUGAGAAGGGACACUAAGACUCAGAUUCUCAAGAUUGCCGAUUUUCUUGGCAGCGAGUACGGAAACAUCCUGCGAAACGACGAUGAGCUCAUGAAGAAGUUGCUGGACGGUUCAGAAUUCAAGAAUAUGCAAGCGACGGUUGACAGCGGAGGCAGCAUUCUCAAUCGCCUUCUUGACCUGCCACCCGAGCGGGCUCUCAAGUCCUUGGAGGUAUUCCGGGAACCCUUGAAGAAGAAGUCUGCUAGUAAAAGUGAAGUACGAUUCCUGAGGAAAGGCAUCGUAGGAGACUGGAAGAACCACUUCACCGAUGAGCAGGUGGAGAGGAUGAAGAAGAGAAUUGUCGAAAAGUGUGGCCACACGGACGUCAUGAAGCUCUGGGACGGGAUUGGCCUCCCACUUCAGUGAUGUCCUUC